AUGUCCCGCUCCGGCCGCCCGCGCGACUACAAGUGCGGCGACCUGGUCUUCGCCAAGAUGAAGGGCUACCCGCACUGGCCCGCCCGGAUUGAUGAGAUGCCGGAAUCCGCUGUGAAAUCCACUUCCAACAAGUACCAGGUCUUUUUCUUUGGGACUCAUGAGACGGCCUUUUUGGGUGCCAAGGAUCUCUUUCCCUACGAAGAGUGCAAGGCGAAGUUUGGCAAAACCAGCAAGCGGAAAGGCUUCAGCGAAGGCCUGUGGGAGAUCGAAAACGACCCCACCAUCAAGGCCUCGGGGUACCAGCCGGCUCAGAAGAAGCGCCCCCUGGAGGAGGGGAAGGCGAAGGAGGAUCCCGAGGCUGGCAGGAGGGGCAGCCCCGAGGAGGAAGAAGAGGAAGAGGAAGAGGAGGGGGACCUGGUGAUCGACGAGCAGGUCAGGGAGAAGAACCAGAAGACUGCCCACAAGAGGCGGGCCCGAGAGGCCCCGGAGGACCCCUCCCCCAAGCGCAUGAAAGACGGGGAGGACCAGGCGGAGGCGGCUGGGGAGAAGCUGAUGAGCCGUGAGGACGAAGCCGGGAAUCCGAAGAAGCCGGCUCUGCUGGAACCAGGGGGCGAGGGGAAGAACGGUGGUGGGGGUGGCAGCCCCCCCACCGACGUGCCCGGAGCAAAAGAGAAGAAGGAAAAGGCUGCCCAAGAGGAAGACGAGGAGGAGGAAGAAGAGGAAGAAGAGGAGGAAAGCAGAGAUGAUGAGAAGAGCCCGUAGCCGGCCGUCUGCUCUUCGGCCCCUGGUGCUACCAACCAGACUGCAACCGCCUCUCCUUUCCGUGUGUCCGGCGCUGGGCAGGGAGGGAGCGCGAUCCGACCUUUCCACCCCAGGAACAGGAAACGGUCUCUGCCCAGCCCGCCCUGCAUCUCUCCUGGCCCGGCCCGUUUUCGCCGGUCCUACGCUUUGAGCUAGUCCUAAUUUCUAGAGGGACUCUACCGAUCGGUCACUUUGGAAUAAACGCAGCUG